CCCGAGUCCACAGACAGGAGGGUGGGGACAAACAGCUGGUAAGUGAUGCCGUGAUCCGACCGCCGAGCGGGCUGUUUUUCACACCAAUAAACGCCUUUCCCGGAGCCACUACAGGAAACGACUGAGAGGCCUUACAGAUAGCUUGUGCUUUUGUUUCUGCGGCCUGCGUUUGCAGAGAGACUCCUAUCUGGAAGCACAUUUGUUUCCGUUGUGAGUAUUAACUACCUCAGGCACUGGAAACUGAUCAAGAGUGAGUCCGGCGAUCUCAACCGGCCCCCGCUCGACCCCUGACCGGCUGUACAGUGCUCACAACCCUUCUGACCGACUGGAUCCGUCAGAGCGGUGCAGGCACCCAACGUGCCAAGGCGACAUCACCCCGUAGCUCUCGCCAAUCCUGUCACUGUUUUUCCUCUCCUGAAAAUUGUCCGAGAUUUUUAAGAUUUUUCUAUUUUUAUUAGAGGCUUACGGAAAGCGUUCGGAAAGAAGGGUUUUUCGCUUCCAUUUGAAGGAUUGAUUAUGCACUUUGGAUUCAAGCUAGAUCGUUUUUUUCCCAGGAGGCACCUGUGAACCAGUUCUAAAGGAAACUAACUUUCAGUUGGAUCUUUUGUCGUCCGGAGCUGCAGCUGGGCUGCAAGAUUUCCUUGAACCAUCCAUCGCGCCGCUCUCCAUCUCUCUCUGGAGCGGGAUACUGUCAUGACUUCCCCUCUGAUGGGCUCUUUAAGCUAUCUAUUUACUUGAUUCCAGGAGUCCCAAAUUAAGCAUCCAGAACUCAUUCGAAGGUGAAGUCGAGAGGACCGACACUCCCUGGGUGCAUUGAAUACUUAUGUAUUGUUGCAGUGCACAAGAAAGUAAAAUGGACUACAAGCUGCGCUUUUUGCUUGGCGGGUCCAAGCACAAAGUGCAGCAGCACCAGCAGUUCCAGUUGCCCGAGCUCAGUCGGACCCUCAGCGCCCCGUUGGGCUCUUCUUGCUCCACCCCUUCUCCCAUGGCGACCAUAGGCUCCUCCCCUUCCGGCUGCCACGCCCCGCCCCCAGGCACCACCACGGCGAUUGCAGACAUCCAGCAGGGCAUCUCCAAAUACCUGGACGCGCUGAACGCAUUCUGCCGCGCAAGCGCGUUCCUGACCGAGCUCUUUGGCAGCGUUUUCCGGGACUCGCGUUACUCCAAAGCAGCUAUGCAACUGAAGGACGUGCAGGAACAUGUCAUGGAAACGACCAGCCGGCUCACCACAGCAAUAAAGCCAGAGAUCGGCAAAAUGCUGAUGGAGCUCAGCGCAGGCGCGGCUAACUUCAAAGACCAGAACGACUUCAGCCGGCAGGACGUUGAGGUGCUGGGCCGCUGCUUCCUGACGGUGAUGCAGGUGCAUUUCCAGUUCCUGUCACAGGCGUUGCAGAAAGUGCAGCCGGUGGCGCAGUCCUGUCUGGCCGAGGCUCUCGCGCAGGUUCAGGAGAGACACGGAAAUGCCCACACACAGAACACGAGCCCCGGGCCCCUGACGGAACUGGAGGAGGCCGUCCGCUCGUGGAAGGGAGCUUCAGAGGUGACGGCGUGUCUCAGGGAGAGAGGGAGAGACGGCUGUCUGUCUGGCAUUCAGGUGCAACAGCUCUUCUGCUCUCAGAACACCUCCAUCCCUGAACACCAGCUCAAAGAGCUCAACGCCAAGAUCGACAACGCUCUGCAGGUGAGCACACACACACACACACACGCUUACAGCAGCUUACCACGUGGUGUUUGUGUUUUUGGGUCUGGGUUUAUCCUUAAUCCCAAAUCAGUGGAAGCAGCUUUGCAGGGCUGCUGUAGUGACGCUGAGGCUCAGCAGGCCGGACGCUUUCACACCACGUCUCAGCCCAUCCAGUGUGAAUUACCCACAAUCCCCGUCCAGAUCGGCUCCCAUCUCCUCCGAGGAGUUUCCUUCAAUGAAAGCGCAUCAGAUAACCUCAAGCUUAAAACGCAUGCCGUGCUGCAGCUGAUCAAGGAUGCGCUGGAUCAGAACGGAGUAGCGGUGCGAGAUGAUUCGCCCGUCACAGAGGUGCUGAACCAGGUGUGUCCCUCCAGCUGGAGAGGAGCCUGUAAGACGGCCGUUCAGCUGCUGUUUGGACAGGCUGGACUGGUUGUGGUUGACACGGCUCAGAUUGACAAUAAGGAAGCUUACGCCCCUCAGAUCUGUCUUGAAGGAUCUAAAGUUGUGAUCCAAGUUCCAUCUACAUGGUGUCUGAAGGAGGAUCCAGCGACAAUGUCUCUGCUGCAGCGCAGUCUGGAUCCAGAGAAGACCCUCGGUCUGGUGGAUGUGCUUUACACAGCUGUGUUUGACCUCCAGCGCUGGAAAGAGCGCAAGGAACAGACUUUGCCCACCAUUCAGAUCCAGCUACAACGAGACACGACUGAUUACGGCGGCCCCGUCGAUCUCCCUCCGGGGAACAGCACCAAAUCUUCCGGCGGCCUCCCCAAAACCAUCUCCAAACUCACCUCACGCUUCACCAAGAAAACCUCGUCCAACUCCAGCGCAGGCGGCAGCUACUCCAUCCCCAGCACCCCGUCACGGAGCAGCGGCAGCUCGGACGACAAAUCCAGCCGCCUGCACAGCCUCCUGCAGAUGAGCAGCAUGCCGUGCACACCUGACCCCAGCCACGCGCAGAACGCCAACGGAGCGUCCGCAGACGAGCAGGGCAUGAACCUGCCCACCGACCAGGAGAUGCAAGACGUCAUCGACUUCCUGUCGGGGUUCAACAUGGGGAAAUCCCAGCAGGCGUCUCCGCUGGUGAAGAGGAGGAACUCGGUGGCGUCUACGAAUGCGGCCGACUUGAAGCCGCCCAGCGGCGUGGCUCCGCCCCCCUCGCAGUCUCAAGUGUCUCAAGUGUUGGCGCAAACCUUGCAGCAACAAACACAACAGCAGCAGCAGCAGCAGCAACAACAGCAGCUUCCUUCAACGCCAAAACAGCAGCAAACGCAGCCGCAGUCCCAGCCGACCUCGCAGACUCUGCCGUUCUAUCAGCAUCUCUUGCAGCCGAUCGGUCAACCGCAGCAAACGGCGCCGGUUUCCCCGCAGCUCUCUUCACAGCAGCCCCAGCAGCCGAGAGCUCCCAGCAAGUGGCCCCAGGGGCCUUUAGGGGGCCUCUCGCCCAUCGGGCCCUUGACGCAGUGGCCCGCCCCGGGCCUGCCGGACCUCAGCUCUGACCUCUACAGUCUGGGGCUGGUCAGUACGUACAUGGACAGCAUGAUGUCUGAGAUGCUUGGCCACAAGCCCCCGCAGGGACCCCGGAACAACACCUGGCCCAACCGAGACCAGAGUGACCAGAGUCUGUUCGGGGUGUUGGGAGACUCCAUGCCCUUUGACCCUGCAGUGGGCUCGGAUCCAGAGUUUGCGCGUUAUGUUGCCGGGGUCAAUCAGGCCAUGCAGCAGAAACGACAGGCACAGCAUGUUCGUCGGCCCAGCAACACCCGCAGUAACUGGCCACACCCAGACGAGCAGCACAGGGGCUGGACACACCCAGAGUACUACAGCGAGGGAGACGCGGUCAACACCGGCUGGUCAGCCAAUCAGGGGGAUUCGGCCAGCUCGAGUGACGAGACGUCCUCAGCCAAUGGGGACAGUCUGUUCUCCAUGUUCUCUGGGCCUGACCUGGUGGCAGCUGUUAAACAAAGACGGAAACACAGCUGUGGUGAACAGGAAGUGUGCACUCUGCCCUCUCCUCCGCUCCACCAAGCCAGUGACGACAGUAACCAGGACAGCAAAACGAAAACCUGGCCCCCUAAAGCCCCCUGGCAGCACUCCUCACACACUAACACCAUGCCCAAUCCCAGCUCUUCCCUCUACCAGAUGACCAUCCCCUCCAGCCAAUGGGGAGAUUCCAUGCAAAUGCUGCAGUCUCCGGUGUGGUCGACAGCCAAUGACUGCCCUCCAUCCUCCGGGAUGUCCUCCGGCUUCCCGUUCACACAACAACAACAACAGCAGCAGCAGCAGGUUUCCCAGCACAAGAUCCUGAGCAAAGGCUUUAAAACCUUCCCGCUCAAACCCGAGCAUCGACCCUCAUACCUGCACCAGUAUUGAGCUGGACUUGGCUGGUAGAGGUCACUGACCCUUUUCGCAUAUUUUGAGUUUGAGUAAUGCUCAGGAUGUAAACCCAGAUCGGCAUUUAAAGGCUUUGAGCUUAGAGCCCAAACGGGACGCCAUUAAGAGACUUUAUAAAGGGGUUUUGGUCGUGUCAGGGCAGCGGAAGUAUGUUAUUUUAUUAUCAAAAUGCGGCGCCGUAGAAACCUAGCUGGGAUUGUUCAUCUUGUGGUGUGAACCUGGUCUAGACUCCAACCUUGUAAACUAGAAGUGUUUUUUAGGGAAAUUUGCAUUUAACACAGUGGUUAAUAACAUUUUUGUACACAGAUGCGUGUCAAACGUCUCCAAACAGAACGUAACUGCCUUCCACGCUGUCCAAACGAUGCAUGCUUCAUGUUAACAGCAGCUAGUCGGACCAUUUCACUGGCGACACGACUGAAGCCUUCAGUCUCGUGCCGGCGUUCGGCUUUGAGUUUACACAACUUUUUCGAUAUGCAUGGCCACCGUGCUCACUCACAGCGCACUAUCGCAGCCGCAUUGCGAAGAUCCGGACGUCCCACAUAACGAUACUGUGUUUAAAUAGCUGUAACUGCCAAAUGUCAUGUGGGACGACCCAGACUGCAGCUCUCAGCUACUGUUCCAUAGCUUGUAAAUGACUCGAAAAAAGAAACGAAGAACUAUAAAUAAUUUACUUUUUAUGAAGAGGCUUUGAGCAGGCUCGGCAGAAAUAUAAUAAUCAUAGCAGAGGUGUAAUUUGAAAGAAAUACACUACUUUUUCAACAUCUGAGAGAUAAAAAAAAAAAAAAAGAUUAAAAAUGCAAAUAAAAAAGGAUGUUAGCAGUAACUUUGUGCCAUGUUGUUUUGAAUAGCACUUGCAGAUAUUUUCUCUAACCAAAGUAUUGUUUAGAGGGGGAAAUGGUGCUUUAAAUGAAAAAACAAAACAAAAUGCAGUUUGGGAGCCGUAGUAGUAGUUCAAUCUAGAAAAAGAAGAGAAAAACCCUUUUAUUAAAAACACAAACCCUUCUUGUAUGGUCUGUAUGUGUUCAUUUUCCCAUUGGCUUUCUUCAGAACGACACUAACACUUCCCAUAAAAAUAACAUGUAUUCCUUUCAAAUACGAUAUAUUUCUUGUACAAAUAUUGACAGUAUUAAUCUUAUUUUUGUAUUUUCAUACACAUUAUACCAUUACUCUAUAAGUUAGCAUAAUAUAGGCUUAUUAUUAAGUAAAACAUUAUUUUCCCAAGAUGUGAAGCACACAUUUUUUUUUUCUUUCCUACAGAGUUUAACUGUAUCUUCUUUCUACAGAGUUUACCAAAUACGCCAUUAUAAACACUAAUAAAUGGUUAUGGUUGGAUUGGGGUGGUUUUUUUUUUUUUUUUUUUGUUAUUUUGAGCCCAGAUUCCUGUUGGUUUCUGUGGUUUCGGGCUGCAUCUGAAAAGCCCAGAAUGUUCAUUUCGUGACGUUUGCCGAUGCCAAUGUUGCCUGUAUUUAUGAUAUGACCAUGUUUUCUGAAAACUAACAUACUUACCAUGUUUACAGAGAAUCGUUUGCUGUAUAUAAAUAUAUCUUUUUACAGUUCUGUGCUUUGCACAAUCAAAAUGUUAGGUUCGUUGCUUCGUCCGUGUUUUCCUCCCAAACUGUUUCGGCAUUUUUUUUUUUAAAGAUUAAACAUCUUCGAUGACCUUGGACUGUAACGCUCAACAUUUCUCAGCUGUGUCAAAAUGGUUUACUAGUGGCUUCAAAAAAUAAAAGGAGUUAAAAAAAAUUAAAUAAAAAGAAAGAAAUGAUGUUGCCCUGACUGAAGACAUAAGGGGCGACUGCUUGGCUUAUGUUGCUUAUUGUUCACUAGAGCUGGCAACUGAUUAUUUCCAAGUGUACCAGCAAUGCAAAAAAUAAAUAUAUAACAUAA